AUGUGGGUCAAGCCUUCAGAAAUUCUAGUGACCGGAUUUUGGUCUACGGAUCGAGCGAAUCCGUAUUUUGCAUUGCAACGUCGUCGUGGUCACGAUGAACAACAAAGUGGUUUUGCAAGUCUCUUUGUUGCUACGAUUGAUUCUGUGUUAGAUAGCAAAACAAAUCGCUAUCGAAUUCUUCAUCAACGACCUGAUUCAGAAGUUUAUCAUUUAAUUGCUGAAGCAGAUUCUAGAGAAGAAAUUGAAGAACAUUGGAAAUGGAUUGAAGAACAUUUAAUGCCAACACUUGGAGGAAUUGAUGCCGGUAUUGAUGUUACUGAUUAUGUGGAAUGUAAAAUAAAAAGUUUAUGUGCACAAGUAGAUGAAGAUGAAAUAGAUGAUUUUGAAUCUGAAAAAUUCAAAAAUGCAAUAAAAAAAUUCCAUAAAUUAUUCAAUGUACCAGCCGAUGAGAAACUUGUUACUUAUUAUUCAUGUUCUUAUUGGCGUGGACGUGUUCCUCGUCAAGGUUGGCUUUAUUUAUCGGUUAAUUAUUUAUGUUUUUAUUCAUAUUUAUUGGGCAAAGAUAUAACUAUUGUACUUAAAUUUACUGAUAUAACUUCUCUCGAACGUGUUCAAGCAUAUUUAUCAGAAACGAUACGUGUUGGAACACGUUUUCAUGUACAUGAUUUUUCCAUGUUUCGAAAUAUUGAAGAAACCUAUCAAAUGAUGGAACAAUUAGCAAAUUUUGCUGCUAAGAAGUUAUUAUCUGAGAAAGGUGCAUUUCGUGAAGAAGAUUACUUUCCUGCAGUGACUAACGAAAUAGUUUUUCAGACAGCAGAAAGAAAAACGGCACCUAAAGUAAUAUCUCAAUUAAAACGUGAUCUUGAUGCCAAAACUCGCAGUGAACAUUAUCGAUCUCGAUUUCGUUUACCAUUAAAUGAACGGUUAGAUGGUGAAGUACCAUGCUAUUUAUGGGCACCGUAUAGCCGUUCUAAUGUAUCUGGCAAACUUUAUAUAUCAACCAAUUUUGUUUGUUUUGCUAGUAAAGUUUAUCAUCAAGUCAAUUUAAUUAUUCCAUUUCGCGAUAUAAUGGUUGUUGAAAAACAACCAGAAACUUCAAAUAUACCAGAUAUUGAAUCACAAUCGGCAUUAAUAAUCAUAACAAAAGAACGAGCUGGAACAUUUACUUUUUCAAAUUUUAAUGAUCGAGAAUUUGUGCUUAAUAAACUAUCAACUUUAUUAUCUCAAUAUAGUGAAAUAACCGAUUUAAAGACUGACACUCCGACAAUAACUCUUUCUAAUCCACUCUAUUUACAAUUCAGUUGUCAUGAUACUGAAGAAUUACAAAAAUUAAAAGAAGCCUCUUGGAAUAAUCAUUUUUCUAAUUAUGGACGAGGUUCCGCUAUAUAUAGAACCAAUGAAUUAUAUGAAUUAAUAUUUCAAGGUAUACCAAAUUCAUUACGUAAUGAAUUAUGGUUAAUAUUUAGUGGUGCUAUCCAUGAAAAAGCAGCAAAUCCAAAUGUAUAUCAAAAGUUAGUUCACGAAUCGUCACUUGUUAAAACAAUUCAUGGUUCAACUAAUGAUGAAAUUGAACGUGAUCUCUAUCGUGCAUUACCCGAUCAAAAAGCUUUUCAACAGGAGUCGGGUAUUAGUGCAUUGAGGCGAUUAUUAAGAGCAUAUGCGUGUCAUAAUACUGAUGUUGGAUAUUGUCAAGCGAUGAAUAUUAUCGGAGGUGUACUCCUAUUGUAUAUGAACGAAGAAGAUGCAUUUUGGACAUUAGCAGCAUUAUGUGAACGUCUUCUACCAGACUAUUAUAAUACGAAAGUAGUUGGUGCAUUGAUAGAUCAAGGUGUCUUCAAUGACUAUUGUAAUGAAUAUCUACCUGAUUUAUAUGAAAAAUUGAAAAUUCUCGGUGUUGCUACUUGUAUAAGCCUUUCGUGGUUUUUAACAUUGUUUAUUUGUGUAAUACCAUUUGAACCCGCGUUAUAUGUUAUUGAUAUAUUUUUUUAUGAUGGUAUCAAAGUACUUUUUCAAUUAGCAUUAACUAUAUUAAAAGAAAAUCAAGAUCGCCUAUUGCAAUGUCAUGAUGAUGGUGAUGCUAUUAUGAUAUUAACAUCCUAUUUAGAUGCUCUAACUGAUGAAGAUGAAAAAGAAAAAAAAAUUGUUCGUCUAAUAAAACAAUCUUAUGAAGAUUAUAAUGAUAUUAAUGAAGAAGAUAUCAAUCGUUUACGUUUAAAACAUCGUCUAAAAGUUGUACAAACCAUGGCUGAAUCGAUUUUACAAUCAGCUGCAAAGAAUACAUUAAAAUAUACAUCAUUUACUGAAUAUGAAUUAAAAGAUUUGUUUUAUGUUUUUAAAGAUGCAUCACGUAUAUCAUUAACAGAAGCAAUAGAUCCAAGAAAACUAGCGUAUGAAACCUAUCGUAUCGGUCGCAGUGAAUAUUUAGUGUUAUGUAAAUAUUUAUCACCGUGGUUUAUUGGUGAACAUCCAGAAGAUUUAGCAAAGAGAUUAUUUGAUACGUAUUCGAUAUCGGCCAAUUCAAAUGAAAUUGAUUUUAUUAAUUUUAUCCGUUUAUGGAAUAUUUUAUUAAAUGGAGAGUUUAAUGAUAAAUUAAGACUUAUAUUUAUUGCUCAUAUAGAAGAAGGAAAACGACGAGAUAAAGCUAUUUCAACACUCUUAGAACCAACAACAAUGUAUCCUGUAUCGAAGACUAGUGAUAACAAACAAACAGAAGCAGCGACCUCUACUGAACAGACUUCGACUUCGGUUGAACCAAAAGAAGAAGAAAAUGUUAAAAUUAAACUCAGUCUAUUGCCACUCAUGAAUCAGACGGAAUUUAUACAUCUAUGCAAAACUAUGUACAAUUUAAUGACAAGUGCUGCUGACGAUGAAAAUCUAUUUCAUGCAUUGACAACUUCAAGUACAAUUCUUUUUAAAACUGGUGAAAUGUGUAAACCCUAUCGCGGACUAGAAGAUGAUAAUGAAAAUUCUGACGAAACAAAUAAUCAAUGGACACUUAGUUUUGAACAAUUUUCAGCAGCUAUGAAUGCUGAAACACCUAUUGUGACAUGGUUCGAAUCGAAUACUCAACAACAAUCUCUUGAACAACGUAUUCAUAAUUAUAAUCAAGAUUUUCUGCGAUAA